UUGACAGCUGUAGUCCAACUUUAUUUUAAGUUUGUAUUUGUAACUUUGCGGUUACAGUUCGAAGUAUUGACCUUGCGAACUCCGAUAUCAUAAAUAUAAUAACAGUCUUGCGAAUAACACUCAAUAACACUCGCAUAACUUGUUGAAGUGUCGAGAAGUUUCUUUAAAUAAUAUUUUAAAAAAUGUUAAAUGUAGUUACGGUCAAUACAAACCCUUACGAGGGACAAAAGCCGGGGACCAGUGGUCUCAGGAAAAAAGUUAAGGUUUUCCUUCAAAAUAAUUACACAGAAAACUUUAUCCAAAGUAUUUUAGACGCAAAUAAAGAGUCCCUAGAAGGUUGCACAUUGGUUGUCGGAGGCGACGGCAGAUACCUGGUCAAGGAAGUCGUGGACAAAAUUAUCAAGAUCUGCGCUGGUAAUGGGGUGGCAAAACUACUCAUUGGACAAAAUGGCCUCCUCUCAACACCCGCUGUUUCUUGCAUAAUAAGGAAAUAUAAAACAUUAGGUGGUAUAGUGCUCACAGCAUCACACAACCCGGGUGGCAUUGACAAUGACUUUGGCAUCAAGUUCAACUGCAGCAACGGUGGUCCUGCGCCCGAUGCCACCACCAACCACAUCUACCAGCUCACCACAUCCAUACAGCACUACAAGAUUGUGCCCGACCUCGUCUGCCCUGUUGAUAACAUCGGUGUGCAAACAUUCAAGGUGGGAGAUCGCGAGUUUGUGGUGGAGGUGAUAGACUCUGUGAGCGACUACGUGGACUACAUGAAGGAGAUCUUCGACUUCCCCAAGAUCCGCAGCCUGCUUCAGGGCUCCGAGACCCGCAAGCCAUUCAAGGUGCUCAUCGACUCCAUGAGUGGAGUAACGGGUCCGUACGUGAGACGCAUCUUCGUGUCUGAGCUGUGUGCGGGAGAGGGCAGCGUGCGGAGAGUGGUGCCGCUGCAGGACUUCGGCGGCGCUCAUCCCGACCCCAACCUCACCUACGCCGCAGACCUCGUCAACGAGGUCAAGAACGGCGACUACGACUUCGGAGCGGCCUUCGACGGGGACGGUGACCGCAACAUGAUAAUCGGACGCGACGCGUUCUUCGUGACGCCGUCGGACUCCCUGGCGGUGCUCGCGGCGCAGCUCCACCGCAUACCGUACUUCGCCCGCGUCGGCGUGCGGGGCUUCGCCCGCAGCAUGCCCACUGCCGCCGCCGUCGACAGGGUCGCCCGCAAGCUCGGCAAGGAGAUGUUCGAGGUGCCCACAGGCUGGAAGUACUUCGGCAACCUGAUGGACGCGGGGAGGCUGUCGCUGUGCGGCGAGGAGAGCUUCGGCACGGGCUCGGACCACAUCCGCGAGAAGGACGGCGUGUGGGCGGCGCUGGCCUGGCUCUCCGUGCUGGCCGACAGCGGAGCCUCCGUCGAGGACGCGCUGCUGCGUCACUGGCGGGAGUACGGCCGCAACUACUUCGCCCGCUACGACUACGAGGAGUGCGCCGCGGAGCCCUGCGCCGACAUGAUGCGGGCGCUCGAGGAGAAGAUCACCGCGCCCGGCUUCCUCGGCUCCACCUUCAGCUCCGGCGGGAGGACGUUCGUGGUGUCGGCGGCGGACAACUUCUCCUACAUGGACCCGAUAGACCGCAGCGUGGCGGCGGGCCAGGGCCUGCGCGUGGUCUUCGCCGACGGCGCCCGCCUCGUGCUGCGGCUGAGCGGCACGGGCAGCGCCGGCGCCACCGUGCGUCUCUACGCGGAGGCCUACGAGCCGGCGGAGGCGGGGGCGGAGGCUCUGCGCCGGGACGCCCGGCAGGCGCUGCGCCCGCUGCUGGACCUCGCGCUGGAGCUGACACAGCUGCAGAAGUACACGGGCAGGGAGCGCCCCACCGUCAUCACGUAGACCUUCAUCUCCUGAAUCUAAGCUAACUGAUUUAUAAUACGUUUUUAAAUUACAUUCAGCUUUGCUCAAAAAU